AUGCGAGCCUUGCGCAGAGAUGCACUACGCACGCGGUUGAUGUGCGGGGCAGGGGGCGCAGGGAUGUGGGGUGGCUACGUGUACUGGGAACUGAGGCAGGCGGGGCACGAUGCGAUUGUCAAACAGCUGACUACAAAGAAGUUCAAAAUAUUAAACAACAGAGUCCGCACUCACGCCACUUGGCACAUACUCGGUACAGAACUCGACUAUUAUGACUCAAAUACGUCGGUCGGAACUGCCGACGAUGUUGAAAGAUAA